GUUUUUUUUUCUUUUAAAGGCGUGUUUUGAUGCGCGCCUCCCCCUCCCUGAUGUCGUGUUUCAAUCGUCCUACACACUUCUCCAUUCAUAAAAAAGAGCCGGCUUGCGAAGUGACUCAGACGUCGUCGGUGACAUCAGUGAAUACAUCGAAAAAAGGGAAAAACUAUUUCAAGAAAGAAGAGCGUUAUAUAUAUAUAUAUUUCGGAGUGGAAAAGUUUUAAAAAUUUCGGGUGGGUGAAAAACUACGCCAAAGAGAAGGUUUACCUGUGAGAAUAUGUUUCGCGGUUAUAGCGGGCACUACGGCGGCGGUAGCGGUUCUGAAUACGCCGGUGCUGGAGAGAGGAGCGACGAGAGCGGCGCUGGGAGUCUGAACGUUUCAACCACGACGUCACAGCAGCAACAGCAACAACAGAAGUUCAGUCUUGAAGCGCGGUCUGGCGCUGGUCAGUUUGUCCCCAGUCUGAAUGCAAUCGCCAGCAGCCAGGAGCUGCAGUGGAUGGUACAGCCCGCUGGAUUCAGCACCACUGUGUCCGGACAGCUCCCGCGCUCCCUGCCCUACUCCCCCCUCGCCCACUCCUCCGCCCCCCGCCUUCAAGCCGCUCAUCCCCAGCCCCGGUUCCCCGGCUCGGGCCGGCAGGGAGUGAUCCGGACCACGGGGUUCACUGGACGCAAGAGGCACGACGACCACCUGUGCCCAGAGGAGGCGGAGAGGCGGCGGGUGAGGAGAGAACGGAACAAGCUGGCGGCGGCCAAGUGUCGAAACCGGCGACGGGAGCUCACCGACACCCUGCAGACCGAGACCGAGAAGCUGGAAAGCGACAAAGCCUCCCUGCAGAAGGAGGUCUCCGAGCUGGAGAAGGAGAAGGAGAAGCUGGAGCUGGUGCUGCAGGCUCACCGGCCCAUCUGCAAGAUCCCCGAGUCGGAGACGGACUCCGAGCGGAACCCCGAACCCUGGGGAGCGGACAGGACAGAGCCGGCUGACCUCUCCAUCACCCGCAGGGACCGGACAGCAGCAUCUCGGAAAAAAACGCCCCUCCCUUUCUCUCGACUGCCCCCCUCGAUCGAGGAGCCCGACGCCCUCCACACCCCCACUCUGAUCACCACCCCCUCCCUCACCCCCUUCACCGCCAGCCUGGUGUUCACCUACCCCAGCGCCCCCCUGGACGCCCUCCCCUCCUCCUCCUCCUCGUCCUCCGCCCCGCCCCCCCUCGGAGAGGCCUGUGCUGUGGCUCACCGGCGCAGCAGCAGCAGCAGCAGUGGAGACCAGGCCUCCGAUUCACUCAGCUCUCCCACACUGCUGGCUCUCUGAGCCCCGCCCCCGAGGGGAGGAGCCUGCGAGUGUGGGAGGCAGAGUCAUAGAUGACCAACCCAAAGUGACCCAGAGAUAAAGAGAAUGAGUGGACCAAUGGAUUAAUGGAUGGUUGAGAGUUGGAAAUGCAUUGAAUUCAAUGAAAUGUGCCUCCUAAUAUAUAUAUAUGUGUGUGUGUAUAGCUGCAGUCUGCUAAAAUUAAAAAAAAAACUAAACGAAAAGGGCUUUUGUUCAGAAACGUCCUGAAAUAAAUCAUUGUUUUAAUCGUUUAACCGUUAACAAUUGUUUUUUUUGUUUUAAUUUUAUUUUUUAUAUACAUUUCUGUAUCUGAAUUCACACGAGUGGUAAUGACAAUUCACAAGGCGAGUUUGUGCUGGGUUGUUUGAGUUCAGUCUAGUCCAGGGGUCUCCAAACCUGCUCCUGGAGAGCCCCUUAUCCAGCACGUUUUCUAGGUGUCUUUACAUCAUCCAGUGUCUGAAGACCUGGAGCACCUGUUCAUCUUGACUAAUUAAGCCAAUAACUGGUUCCAUUGAGUAACCGAGGGAUUGGUUGAAACGGAAACCAGCAGCCCCAGUAGCUCACCAGGACCAGGUUUGGAGACUCCUGCUCUAGUAGUGAAUUCGAAAUCCCUUCUGCGUUUGCUACUGUACGCACUUCAGCACUAAUCCAAAAAUCAACUGAUGAAUCAUUCUGAUGCUGUAUCUACCAGAGGCAGAGAUUUAAAGGAGAGGCUUCAGGUUGUCUCUAUGUGAUACAUGCUAUAUCAGGCAUGCGAUAUAUACUAUGUCAGAUAUGUGAUACAUGCUAUAUCAUGCAUGUGAUAUAUACUGUGUCAGAUAUGUGAUACAUGCUAUAUCAGGCAUGUGAUAUAUAUACUAUGUCAGAUAUGUGAUACAUGCUAUAUCAGGCAUGUGAUAUAUACUAUGUCAGAUAUGUGAUACAUGCUAUAUCAGAAAGUGGAUGCUACAUAUUUAUUAUUGUUUGUGAUUCAUUUCAAUGAGAUUGAACACUUUGUCAGUUUCUCAUAUUUGAUGGCAUGCUAUUUUUUUUUAAAUUUAAUUUGUAUUUGUAUGCUUCUCUAAAUAAGCUAAGGAUCACUGAAAUCCUGAUGGUUGUAAGUUUAAGAAUAAGUCCUUCUCUUCAUAACAUGCAUUUCUACCACAUGAUACAUUAUGACACUUCAAAAAAAGUUGUAUGUAUUUAUCCCAGCGAUUCCAAGCAUGUUUUGAGAUGUACAAUUAUAUACUGUAUGUGUCCACAUUGAAAUGAGACUAUAGAUAGAUAUAUAUUGGUGAUAAAAAAUAUUUUUAUAUAAUUUAUUUUUAGAGAAAAAAUUAUAUAUAUAAUGUCUGUGUGUUUGAAAAUGUUUCAGACAAUAAAUGAACAGAAACA